CUUACCCACAAUGUUGAUGUGGUGUCUGUCAAAGUGGAUUCAGUGGAGGAUGAAGAAAAAGAAACUGGAACUGAGUAUUUGUCCUCAGCUGCCUCGUCGUUAUGGAAGAGUACUUUCCCAAAGGAAAGUGAUAAAUAGAGAAGUUGACCAUGACAACCUUCCUGGAAUUUAUCCAGCAGAAUGAAGACAGAGAUGGAGUUAGAUUCAGCUGGAAUGUUUGGCCUUCAAGUCGUCUUGAAGCCACAAGAAUGGUGGUCCCAGUGGCUGCUCUCUUCACACCACUGAAGGAACGGCCAGAUUUGCCUCCUAUUCAAUACGAACCAGUUCUGUGCAGUAGGACCACGUGUCGAGCUGUUCUGAAUCCCUUAUGCCAAGUGGAUUAUCGAGCAAAACUAUGGGCUUGCAACUUCUGUUAUCAAAGAAAUCAGUUUCCUCCUACUUAUGCUGGCAUAUCUGAAAUGAAUCAGCCGGCUGAACUUUUACCUCAGUUCUCUAGCAUCGAAUAUGUAGUGCAGCGAGGUCCUCAGAUGCCUUUAAUAUUUCUUUAUGUUGUGGACACGUGCAUGGAAGAUGAAGAUUUGCAAGCUCUGAAGGAAUCCAUGCAAAUGUCGCUGAGUCUUUUGCCACCAACUGCAUUAGUAGGUCUCAUUACCUUUGGCCGAAUGGUGCAAGUUCAUGAACUUGGCUGUGAAGGGAUUUCUAAAAGUUAUGUCUUCAGGGGAACAAAAGACUUGUCUGCAAAACAGCUUCAGGAAAUGUUAGGACUUACAAAAGUAGCUGUUUCACAAGUUGGUAGGGGUCCCCAAGUGCAGCAGCCACCACCUUCUAACAGAUUUUUACAACCAGUGCAGAAAAUUGAUAUGAAUCUUACUGAUCUUCUGGGUGAACUGCAACGGGAUCCUUGGCCUGUUCCACAAGGGAAAAGGCCCUUGCGUUCCUCUGGAGUGGCCCUUUCCAUAGCUGUAGGGCUCCUUGAGUGCACUUUUCCUAAUACGGGUGCUCGUAUAAUGAUGUUCAUUGGAGGACCAGCUACACAAGGACCUGGAAUGGUUGUAGGGGAUGAACUGAAGUUACCUAUAAGAUCAUGGCAUGACAUUGAAAAAGACAAUGCUAAAUAUGUUAAAAAGGGUACUAAGCAUUUUGAAGCCCUGGCUAAUCGGGCUGCAACAAAUGGUCAUGUUAUUGACAUAUAUGCAUGUGCAUUGGAUCAGACUGGUCUUCUGGAGAUGAAGUGUUGUCCUAACUACACUGGAGGCUACAUGGUAAUGGGAGAUUCUUUCAAUACAUCUCUAUUCAAACAAACCUUUCAGAGAGUAUUCACAAAAGAUAUGCAAGGACAAUUUAAAAUGGGAUUUGGUGGCACAUUAGAAAUAAAGACUUCAAGAGAAGUAAAGAUUUCUGGAGCUAUUGGACCCUGUGUCUCUCUCAACUCUAAAGGACCUUGUGUAUCAGAAAAUGAAAUUGGAACAGGAGGUACUUGUCAGUGGAAGAUUUGUGGACUUAAUCCCACUACUACACUUGCACUCUACUUUGAAGUGGUGAAUCAGCACAAUGCUCCAAUUCCUCAGGGAGGACGUGGUGCAAUCCAAUUUGUGACUCAGUACCAGCAUUCUAGUGGACAGAGACGUAUCAGAGUGACCACAGUUGCCAGAAACUGGGCAGAUGCGCAGACACAGAUCCAAAACAUUGCUGCGUCUUUUGACCAGGAAGCUGCUGCAAUUCUGAUGGCUAGACUGGCAGUGUAUAGGGCAGAAACAGAAGAAGGGCCUGAUGUGCUUAGGUGGCUGGACAGACAACUUAUACGACUGUGUCAGAAAUUUGGAGAAUAUCAUAAGGAUGAUCCAAGCUCUUUCAGGUUUUCAGAAACAUUUUCACUUUAUCCACAGUUCAUGUUUCACUUGAGAAGAUCUCCUUUCUUACAAGUUUUUAACAACAGUCCAGAUGAGAGCUCAUACUAUCGUCAUCAUUUUAUGCGUCAAGAUCUAACCCAGUCGCUUAUCAUGGUUCAACCGAUUCUCUAUGCCUACUCCUUCAAUGGACCUCCAGAGCCUGUUCUUCUGGAUAGCAGCAGCAUUUUACCAGAUCGCAUUCUUCUUAUGGACACUUUUUUCCAGAUCCUUAUUUAUCAUGGAGAGACCAUAGCUCAGUGGCGUAAGUCAGGUUACCAAGACAUGCCAGAAUAUGAAAACUUUCAUCACUUGCUACAAGCUCCGAUAGAUGAUGCCCAAGAAAUUCUCCAUUCCAGAUUUCCAAUGCCCAGAUACAUUGAUACAGAGCAUGGAGGAAGCCAGGCUCGUUUCCUGCUUUCGAAAGUAAAUCCCUCUCAGACUCAUAACAAUAUGUAUGCAUGGGGACAGGAGUCUGGAGCACCCAUUCUUACAGAUGAUGUCAGCUUGCAAGUAUUUAUGGAUCAUCUGAAGAAACUUGCUGUAUCUAGUGCUGCCUGAGAUUCUGCUGUGAAUUAAAGGCACAGAUAAGCUGGAGCCAUAUUUCAUCUUUUUCUCCUUCACCCUGUUCCAUAUCUCUCUUGACAGAGUGCUCUGAUAUGCACAAGCUGCCUGACUAAAUUUAAAGCAGUGUUGUUUUCAAAGAAAAGCUUUUGUUAUCAGCAAUGUCUUAAUAUAAACUGCAGUGUGUAAAGAAGACAGGGAGUAGAUCAAGUUAGAUUAUAAUUAGAGGAAAAAGAACAGUCAUUUUGGUUAAUGUAAUACUAUAAUUACAUUGAAAACAUUUAUAACAAGUUUGAAACGUGAUUUUUCCUUUCUUUUUAAAUGGUUGAGCUGAUUCUACUUUGCACUACAAAGGCGUGUUGAACAAUAAAAGAAAUCUUUGGUGACACCGGGUUUUCCAGACUGCCGUAUGACUACUUUUAUUUACUCAAUUUGAGCAAGAAGUGUAUGAAAAAGCACCAAAAAAUCCGUAUAACAAUAAUCCUAACUCACUCCUCUGACUUAGUCUGCUAAGCUUUUUUCUGCAGUGAUCAAUUAUUGUUCAUGUGCUGGUUGUUUUAGGACCAUUUAAUUUCAAGUAUUUUCCCUUUCCUUUCAUCCUACUUGAUUCUUUGGGAGUGGAGUUUUUCUUACUCUUUAUAUUAUAUAAAGAAUUUGGACAGAAAAAAAUUAAAAAAAAAUACUGUUAAUUGUGCAAAGUUUAGAAUCCACAUGGUGUAUUUUUGACAAAAGUAUCUAUUAUCAGAAAAAGAGUAACAAAUGAAUAUGUUCAAAAAUAAGUAUUUUUAGCUAGAGCUAAAGAGAAACCAUACACUACCAAAAUGAACUGACUAGAAGUAUAGCCUUUGAUUUUUGUCUGAGUAUACUUUUAAAACAUAUAUUUACCUUUUUUGAUAAUGCCUUACAAUGUCAUUACACUAAUGCAUGACACUGCACAUACACUUUUUGUUUCUGCUUCUUUUAUGAGUUCAACAGGCUGCUGUUCUUGUUGAAACAGUAUUAUAUAGAAUAUGCUGUAAUUAAUUCAGUGCUUAGUUCAUACCUGAUUUUGAGGGGUAAAUUAAUAGGUUUUCCCAUUUACUUUUUGAAAUUUACACAUACAAUAGAUGUUUACAGAGGUAAUACAACAUUUUGACAAAUACAUAUGUGAAAUGUGGUAUUGGAUAAUACAAAAUUGUGCCAAGCCCGAAGCAAGGAAGGGAGAGAAUGUUGGACAUAGGAGAUUCAAUCCUAUAUUGGUGUGAUAAGCCUGAGGGUUUUUUUUCCUGUUUGUCUAUAAAUUCUGGGAAACCUGAUUAAAUCAAUUGCUCUCCAUUUCUUUUAUCUAAAUGAGGUUGAGCUCCAUUUGCCUCAAUAUAAAUAAAACAUAUGUUUUUCUCUCAUUUUUUGUAUUUAUUGUGCUGGUUUUCUGUCAGUGCUUGAAAUGAAAUAUGAAAAUAAAGCUGGUAAUGAUAUUA